CCAGUUUAACGACGCACCGUUGAAGACGAUAAAGGGGUUUUAAGAUUUAACAUUCUAGGGUUUUGGCGGCUCGUAUUCUUCUCUGACCAAACCCACUCACACGAUGAGAUCUUCACUCACUUCUUCUCCAACCUCUACAUGUCUUCUCCGCUCUUUCUUAAACCCUAAAUCUCUCUGCUCACAACCACAAUUUCCCAACGAACCGCCCAUCCCAGAACCUCCAUUUUCAGAGAAUCCGAAUCCAAACACCAAUUGUCCCGAGAAAAUCACUUCAGAAUCCAACUUUUCCACGAGACCCACUUCAGACCAUGAAUUUACUGUCGCCCCAUUUUCCCCAGAGCCCAAACACGCUGACUUCGCCGCACCAAUUUCUCAAAGCUCGGUUUUGACUCAAACCGAUGUGAUAAACACUCUUCUGAGCCACAAGAGCGAGCCAAAAUCGGCUUUGAAGUACUUCAAAUGGGCCGAGAGAAAGCGAGGCUUUGUUAAAAGCGUGGAUGUCUUCUGUGUUGUGCUUCACAUUUUGGUGGGCUUUCCUCAGACUCAUAAACUUGCUCAAAAUUUGCUUAAUCACUGUGUCUCGGGCGAUUCGGGUCCGGCGCCGGGUGUUUUUGUUGAUCACUUAGCAGAAUGCGCCAAAAGGUUUGGCUUUGUGUUAGAUUCGCGGGUUUUUAAUUAUUUGUUGAACAGUUAUGUUAGAGUUAAUAGAACCGAAGAUGCUGUACUUUGUUGUAAUAGAAUGAUAGAGAGUGAUAUAAUUCCUUGGAUAUCAUUUGUGAAUAUUCUUUUGACAGCAUUGGUUAGGAGAAACAUGUUUGGUGAAAUGCGAGAUUUGCAUGAUAAGAUAGUAUUGAAAGGAAUUAGUGGAGAUUGCUAUACGGUGCAUGUGAUGAUGCGUGCAUUUUUGAAGGAAGGGAAGGCUGAGGAGGCGGAGGAAUACUUUAGAGAGGCGAAAGAUAGAGGGGUGGAACUUGAUGCAGCGGCAUACAGUAUUGUUAUUCAGGCUGUUUGUAAGAAACCCAAUUGGAUUUUGGCUUCGGGGUUGUUGAAGGAGAUGAGAGAAAUGGGAUCGGUUCCUUCAGAGGGUACUUAUACUUGUGUUAUUGGGGCUUGUGUGAAGCAGGGGAAUAUUGUAGAGGCAUUGAGGCUUAAAGAUGAAAUGGUGAGUUGUGGGAAGCCAAUGAAUUUGGUUGUGGCAACGAGUUUGAUUAAGGGGUAUUGCGUGCAAGGCAAUCUGAAUAGUGCUUUGGAUUUGUUCAAUAAGAUUGGUGAGGAUGGGCUUUCACCAAACAAGGUUUCAUACUCAGUCCUGAUUGAAUGGUGUUGUAAGCAUGGGAGCAUGGAAAAGGCCUAUGAGCUUUACACCCAAAUGAAAGACAACGGUAUUCAGCCUAGUGUCUUUAACCUUAAUUCCUUGUUACGUGGAUUCUUGAAAUCUGGGAUGCUGGAAAAUGCGUACAGGUUGUUUGAUGAGGCAGUUGAAUGUGGUAUUGCUAAUGUUUUCACAUAUAAUAGCUUUUUUUCAUGGCUCUGUGAAGAAGGCAAGGUAAAUGAGGCUCAAAGUCUAUGGGUAAAGAUGAUUAGCAAGGGUGUGGUACCUAGUGUAGUUUCAUACAACAACUUGAUACUUGGUCACUGCAGAGAAGGGAAUACGGAUGUUGCAAAUACAUUAUUUCUGGAGAUGGUAGAGAAGGGCUUAAAACCUAAUGUGAUCACGUAUUCAAUUUUGAUGGAUGGGUAUUUCAAAAAAGGUGACACUGAGUGUGCCUUAGAUUUGUUUAACCAAAUGUUGGAUGUAAAUAUGGUUCCCACAGACUUCACAUUUAACACUAUUAUCAAUGGCUUGUGCAAAGUUGGCCGCACAACUGAGGCAAGGGAUAAGUUGAAGAGCUUUGUUGAGAAGGGUUUUGUUCCCAUCUGUUUGACUUACAAUAGCAUUAUAGAUGGAUAUGUCAAGGAGGGUGCCAUAAAUCCUGCAUUGGCUGUUUAUAGAGAGAUGUGUGAAAGUGGAAUUUCCCCCAAUGUUGUAACUUACACUAGUUUGAUUAAUGGAUUUUGCAAAAGCAAUAAUAUUGGUCUUGCUCUGAAAAUGCGGAAUGAGAUGAUCAAUAAGGGUCUUGAAUUGGAUGUUAAGGCAUAUAGUGCUCUGAUUGAUGGAUUUUGCAAAAGGCGAGACAUGGAAAGUGCACAUGAACUGUUUUCUGAACUCCUUGAAGAAGGUUUGUCUCCAAAUACAGUUGUGUACAAUAGUAUGAUUAGCGGAUUCAGGAAUCUAAAUAACAUGGAAGCAGCCCUUGACUUGCACAAGAAAAUGAUAAAUGAGGGGAUUCCUUGUGAUUUGCAAACUUACACUACAUUGAUAGAUGGACUGCUAAAAGAGGGUAAAUUACUCUUUGCAUCAGAUCUUUACUCGGAUAUGCUUUCCAAGGGUAUUGUGCCUGACAUCAUUGCAUAUACCGUUCUGAUAAAUGGCCUUUGUAACAAGGGACAGCUAGAAAAUGCACGCACGAUUUUGGAAGAGAUGGAUAAGAAUGGCAUGACUCCUAGUGUUCUUAUUUAUAAUACCUUGAUUGCUGGACACUUUAAGGAGGGGAAUCUGCAAGAAGCGUUUAGACUACAUGAUGAGAUGCUUGACAGAGGUCUUGUACCUGAUGAGGCUACUUAUGAUAUUCUUGUAAAUGGGAAGGCCAAGGGAGUAAGUACUCUUGCUGGAGCCUUGCAAGCGUAAAUAACUGGGACGGUCAUUGUUUCAAGUUGCUUUCAAGCUUUUGCUUGGUCGUUCAAAGGAGAAAUAUAUCGUGGCCUGCAAUUAUGUUAUAUUCUUCACCAUCAAGCUGGGAAGGCCAAGGAUCAUCAUCACUCUCUGGCUUACUAGAACAUAAAGCAAAAGAUGUCCAAAUUUACUCAAAAGUAUUUGCUGCACCUCUGCAUUCUUUUGAGAAUGCCAAAAUCAGUUCCAAUGCAUCAAGUAUCGGAUCAGUUUUCUCUUGUGUGGACAUGGAAGUUUUUGUGAAGCUCAAAAUGUCUAAACCUCUGGCCUAUUGUUGUCUGUUGGAUUCCAUCUUCAGUGUUCUGCUAUAAUAGGAGAUCUAAAGGAGCUUCACAUGGAUUGUUAUGGGUGUUCAAUUUGCUCUGUAGAUUUUGGAAUAAGCUAUGCUUACUGGAAUAACGCAUUUGUGUAAUCAAUGAUUGAGUGAGAUAUUGUCCACCCAAUUCUCUAUGGAAAGGCUAUGGGAGCCUUGGGAGGUACAGGAUGGUAGGAGUUUCUAUUACCCUACUGUCUUGAAUAAGGUUCUUUCAACUUCAUUGAGGACGUGAAAGUUUCUUUGAAGCUGAAAUCUUGUGUCCCAAUCUUCAUCUUCUUGUGGUGGCUUCAGUCCGGCUUGUGCUUAUUGUUUUGGAUUAUGACAGAUGAUAGAUAUUGUUUGUCAUUCGUGAGAAGUAGGAAGUAGCUAUUGGUUUAUAGAUUUUUUGGAUGAGAGUUUUUUGUCAUUUAUUAAAAAUAUGUGAAACGUAAUGUCUCUGUUGAAACAUAGAGAUAAUGUAAGAUGGAAGCACAAAAGUUUCGAUUAAAGUAAUGUUAUUUAGUAGGGCUUGAUUACGA